AUGAGCAAGCAAAUCCAAGUGAAGAUUCAGGCUUCCGAUAAAGAUUUACCAUGUGAUUCGAAAGGCAAGCUAUGCUGGUGCGUCGAUAUCUCCGUUGCAGGUAUCAUUGUUGCUUGUGAUGUUGAGGUUUCAGAUCCUUUGACGUCGGAGCAGCAAGACCAAAGCCGUUGGUACUUGGAGCAAUUUCUUCAGCAAAACCCGUAUGAGAACAUCAAAUCUUCAAAGCACGAUGGUUAUUGUCUGUGUACUCUACCAGCAUUCUGGAGCAGCUGCAGCUCAAAGCCUUCGUUGAAACGCGAAUCAAGCCGGAAACAAGUACAGGGGCGAUCUUGA